AGGGGAGUCCCCAUUACCUGUAAAGCACUUUGAGUGGAGUGUCCAGAAAGGAACUAUUAUUCACGUCAUUGGUUAGAAAAGGGGCAUAUUAUUUUCAGUUGAAAAAUGCCAAGCAUACAGCAGAUAAUCUUGUACAUCAUCUCAGCUCGUAGCUCAGUAAUUGUGCGGCUGUGGAGCCGGUGGUUUACCCAUUCCCAAUGUGAUCUUCACGUUACAAAAUCCUCUACCCAUCCUUCCCACUGCGCUUUCGCUGAGAAUGCAUUGUAGUGAAUUACAGCGGCCAAGAAGGGAAGUGUCUUUCCCCCAUUGUCUUUUAAAGAUGUGGCUCCAGUGCUGCCGUUUCAAACAUAUUUUCCAGAGAUCACAACAAAUUGGCGCAAUGGCAAAUGUGUCACCGUCCUUCAACAUUAGUUUAUCUUAGUUAAAUAACCGAGAAACAUUAAUGCGCAGCAUUUCCCCCAUUCUCACGCGACUUCUCACAGGAACAGGCAGAAUGAAACGUUCAUCGGGAUUUUGACCGCCGAGACAGACUGAUUACCUCCUCGAAACGUUUCUCGCCAACUCGCAAUGUUCGUGCUUAUGUUACCCAGUUGUCGCACACGACAGAUUUACGACUCAAUCCUUCGGUACUCCCGGGCCCUCACAGAAAAGGGGGACUGCAACUUGGAGCUGCAGUACGUCCCAGAAAUGUCGCAGUGUGCCUUUAAAAGGUUGAGCUGUCUGUAUCUGCCGUAGGCGGGCGUUUCUCGGUUCUUUAGACUGUUUCCUUGUCCUACGCAGUUCCACAGUCCGGCGAAGGUACUAGCACCUUGCGCCAUGGAGCUGACAGACAAACCCCCACACUGGGGAGUAUACUUUUUCGAAAAGAAGACGGUCAUACCCAUCCUAAUUUGCUUGAUUUCUCAGGUCUGCAGGACGCGUGCGGAGGACAGCGCUAUGGAGGAACUUACCACAGAGAAGGAGGCUGAAGAAAGCCAUAGGCAGGACAGUGUGAAUUUACUGACAUUCAUCUUAUUGCUGACAUUAACAAUCCUAACCAUCUGGCUUUUUAAACAUAGAAGAGUCCGUUUUCUGCACGAGACUGGUCUGGCUAUGAUAUACGGUUUGCUGGUGGGCGUCAUCCUGCGCUAUGGGAUUCCCUCCACGAGCUAUCACAACAAGACCCCCCCCAGCUGUUCCCUGCAGGACCGGCCCGUCAGCACGCUGCUCCUCAACAUCAGCGGCAAGUUCUUCGAGUACACGCUGAAGGGCGAGAUCAACUCCAGGGAGAUCCACAACGUCGAGCAGAACGACAUGCUGCGAAAGGUUACGUUUGAUCCUGAGGUUUUCUUCAACAUUUUAUUACCGCCAAUCAUUUUCCAUGCUGGAUACAGCCUCAAAAAGAGACAUUUCUUCAGGAAUUUGGGCUCGAUCAUAACAUAUGCUUUCCUGGGAACUGCAUUGUCCUGUUUUGUGAUUGGGAACCUCAUGUACGGCGUGGUGAAGCUCAUGCAGGCAGUGGGGCAGCUGACUGACAAGUUUUACUACACCGACUGCCUCUUCUUUGGAGCCAUCAUCUCGGCUACCGAUCCAGUGACGGUCCUGGCCAUUUUCAAUGAGCUCCAUGCAGAUGUGGACCUGUAUGCCCUCCUGUUCGGGGAGAGUGUCCUGAAUGAUGCCGUGGCAAUUGUGCUUUCAUCGUCUAUCAUGGCAUACCAACCCACUGGAGCCAACACCCAUGCUUUUGAUGCUGCUGCCUUCUUCAAAUCGGUUGGCAUUUUCCUUGGUAUCUUCAGCGGCUCGUUUGCGAUGGGCGCCGUCACCGGAGUGGUCACUGCUCUAGUGACCAAGUUCACUAAGCUGCAUUGCUUCCCUUUGCUGGAGACGGCGCUCUUCUUCCUCAUGUCCUGGAGCACCUUCCUCCUGGCCGAGGCCUGCGGUUUCACAGGUGUGGUGGCGGUUCUGUUCUGUGGGAUCACCCAGGCCCAUUACACGUACAACAACCUGUCCGAGGAGUCGACGAAAAGAACCAAGCAGCUCUUCGAGGUUCUGCAUUUUCUGGCUGAGAAUUUUAUCUUCUCCUACAUGGGUCUGGCCCUCUUCACCUUCCAGAACCACAUCUUCAGUCCGAUCUUCAUCUUGGGAGCUUUUAUUGCGAUCUUCAUAGGAAGAGCCUGCAACAUCUACCCUCUCUCCUUCCUUCUCAACCUGGGAAGGAGACACAAGAUUGGCGGGAAUUUCCAGCACAUGAUGAUGUUUGCAGGCCUGCGGGGAGCCAUGGCGUUCGCGCUGGCGAUCCGGGACACGGCCACGUACGCCCGUCAGAUGAUGUUCACGACCACCCUGCUCAUCGUCUUCUUCACGGUCUGGGUGUUCGGGGGGGGCACCACCCCCAUGUUGUCAUGGCUACACAUAAGAGUUGGGGAAUAUGUGUCGUCCUGUGAAGAGGAGUCCGGUAGGCCAUGGCAGUAUUUAAGGGUUGGCGUGGAUCCGGACCAGGAUCCUCAGCCCUGCGGCGACAGCUUCCAAGUGCUUCAAGGAGAUGGGACCCAGCCGGAAGGUGGGAGCAAAACGAAACAAGAGAGUGCCUGGCUCUUCAGACGGUGGUACAGUUUUGAUCACAAUUACUUGAAGCCAAUCCUGACGCACAGUGGGCCUCCUCUCACCUCCACUCUACCUGCCUGCUGUGGGCCUCUGGCUCGAUGCCUGACCAGUCCACAGGCCUACGAUAACCAGGAGCAGCUGCAUGACGCCGACUCUGACCUCAUCCUCAACGAUGGCGACCUCACGCUGACCUACGGCGACACGGCCAUCACUGCCAACGGGGCGUCAGCCGGCCGCGGCUCGGCGGCAGCGGGGCUGGAGAUCAACGGCAGGCGGGGCGGGGGCGGCGGCGCCUCCGAGGAGGCCCUGGAGAGGGAGCUGGAGGGCGGGGACCACGAGGUGCUCAGCCGGGGCACACGCCUGGUGUUCCCCAUCGAGGACCACGCCUGACCCCCCUCUUCCUCUCCCUCUCCACCCUCCUCCCUCCCCCCCCCCCACCCACACCCCCUCCGCAAAGCCCAGGACCCCGACUAGAGCCCAGCCGAGGGCAGGGACCGCGCAAUGGGGGGGCUGGUUCGAGACCCGUCGUGUCCCUGGGGGAAGAGGCCCUGUGGGCCGGCCUUCCCCUGAUCAUCCAGUCUUAGCUCUCGUUUUAGGAGCGAGGAAAAAAAAAAAGUACGGCAUUUCGUUCUUCUCAAGGGCGGACUGAAGGAAAAUGGGAGCCUCACUCACCCCCCCCACCUUCCCUGUGAAAGGGGUCUUCAUCGGCGGCGAGACGACGUACUGUUUGUGGGCUGGCUGUGGUUUUUUUCAAUGCUUGUGUGAAAAGGAGAAUUCCCAGAACGUAAACCGCAGAACUCUGGAACCUUUUGGGAAAUUAGUCCGGCACACAACUGCUGUACCUCUUUUUAGAGGUGUUACUAGAUUUUAAAGGAGAGACGCUUAACUGAGCUAGGACCCAUCACUUCAUCGUAAAUCAUUCAAGCACAUUUAAAUGCCGAGCAGAGGUACAGAUCUGUGCAGCCAAUCCAUUGUCCUCAUUGUGUUGCAUUGCUGCUAAAAAAGACUCUCGAAGAAAGGCCAGCAGGUCACCACACCUCUGCUAUCUUGUGAGCCAUAACCUCCGCUAAUCAACUGGAAGAUCGCAGUACGCAUGAAACUAAACCAAUAAAUGUAAUCCCUUUUUUUUAACAAGUGCGGUGGCUAUCAUAUCAUCCCAUACAGACCGAUGGACAGUAAAAGUGACAAUGUCAUUCAAUCAGUUGUUUCGGGUUUCUAAGCAUUGCAGAAGACAUUAUGACAUUUUUGUUUUUGCUCUAGAUGCAAGAGCCAGAAAUGGGUGCAAGCAAUGUCUAAAUGCUCUUGCGUGUGUACAUAAAGAAUCCAUUUGUAUAUCAAGGCAUUAUUUCACACGAGACACGUGGGUCAAGAACAUGAGAAGUCCUGUUAAAGUGACAAUGUUUUAUCAUGAAUAGUUAUAAUGCUUUUAUUUAUAGUCCGUGGUAGACAGGCAUUGUGGCUUACUUGUGAGACCAGAUACCAAUGUCUUCUGCAACUAUUGCUUUUGUCAAAAUGCGAAAUGCCUGGAACUGCCCUUUCACUGCAUCGACAGUAAAAGCACUGUUUGAAUCACACUUGUACUACUAAUAGGAGCCCUGCUGAUCUUCACAUAGAUGUGCUGUUUUUUUAGUCACCCACACUCUGUUUUUCUGGGAUCGAAGCACCCUAUCUGAACAAGACGUGUGGUGCUUUUCGGUCUCCCCAAAGGCACUAGAACAGAGGCUGGGGCAGCAGACUGCAUUAUUCCUGCAGCCAAAACAGUACCUAUUUUCUUCUCAGAAGGCAGGCUCCCUGAGCUCACCAUAAUACAAAGUCAUGAAAUCUGACAGAAUUGUGUUGGAGCAAUAUCCUGGUCUGUGUUAGCCACUGUAGAUCAGUAGUGGGUAUUGCUUUUGAUUUAAUGACCAGGGGGAGAAAUCAAGAAGGCAAAGAAUGCCGAGAUUUUGGCAGCAUCUUUUUUCCCCUCAAACAACAGAGAAGUAAGAAUAGAUGUGUUUAAUAAUCAAGAACAAAUGUUUUAAUGUAUUUAAACCUUCCCGUACCUCACCUCACGAUCGAUAGUAUUUCUCUUUUCAUAUAAAGGGCCGGUUCAUUAACAUUUGUGAAGGUAAAAGAUCUCCUGUAGCCUGUGAUCUUUUCAUAGGAGGAUGCCUAACCAUUCUGGCCAAUUUCCUGAACAGAUUUUCUGCAUUGGCACAAAGGAUGCUUAAAGUGGUUUCCCUGCAGUUGUCCUGUUAUAGCAGAAAAAUCUGCAGCACUGCAUGUAGUGAGUGUUGUUAGUGAAACUGCUCUCCCGUGUAUAGAGCACUCCUACUGUAGUUGGACUGCAGCUGUUCUGAAUGAGACCAUCCUUGGGGAAUGAAUAAAUGGUUGAAGGUCCUGUGUAGUUAAGAUGUCCUGCUUACUAACUGUUCAGAAACCUGAGGAUUUUCUGAAUUUGAAAAUGAAUAACAAAUGAAAUCAUCAAAGUUUCUAAAGUCAUUGUGAGUACUUAAUACUAGUAAAAAAAAAUCUGUGCACACUAACUUUUUCAAUUGUCACUUUGGGUCUCUUAAAAUGGUGAUAAUGUAUACAGUGAGCUCCAAAUGUUAUAAUCCGUACCCGAGGAUCAAUUGCACUUUUAAAAAGAUCCGAAUUUUCUCCUUGUGAGUUUGUCAUUGCUUCAGCCUUGUGGCCGAAGCAAUAGGGAGUUCUAAUGGGGACUGCGCAUCACUGGUGAGUGAAUAGUCCCUCCAAGACGUUAAGUGCUUUGGGAUCCUUUGCGUUGAAGAAACAUUGUAUAAAUGCAGUGAAUAAUAAUGUUUUAAUUCUUCUAAUCAUGAAAACAUUGUGCUUCAUAGGCUUCUUUGUGCUAAGUCAUUACAAGGACUGUUUCAGCUUAAAGCCUGACUGUACAGAAUGUUAAAAGGCUACAGUAUCUGUCUUAAGCUCAUAAGAAAAGGUCAAUGUGGACAGCACUCAUUACUGUUUAAUGUACUGUUUAUAGCAUCUUACCUGAACUGCUGUAAACUGUUGAUGCUGACUUCUUGAAAGUUAAAACUUUCCUUCCAUUUCUGGAGCCCAAUCUACAGACCUUUGUGAAUUAAUUUAAAUAUCCCAAAGGCUCAACAGCCAGUGAAUAUGUACCAGUCAUUGAUAGUAUGAUAGGAUAACAGUCUGCAUCUUUGGUCUGUGUUUUGGGUUAUUGGAAGGGGACAAGAACAAAAAUCUGUAUAUUUCCAUUUUUUGAAGAGGCCACUUUUAGGAGUACUCAGAACUAGUUAUUACUGACUAUAGCUUAUACAUUCUAAAGAAUUCACUUUUGAUAUGGGUUAUCAGUUGAGUUAUUGCAGCUAUGGUCUCAAACAACAGGAGCAAGGUUUAAUACUGUGAAAACUGUACGUCUCUAACUGAGUUUCUUUGCUGUUUUGAACUGUAUGAUACCUGAGUAGGAGUAGGGCUGUCCCCCUCUUACGGAACAAUCAAUGGAGUCAUUCCUUUUCAGCUUUGCGUGUCCUCCUUAGCAACGUGUGUACUGUGAAUCCUGCAGGGAGAUCACUCUUCCUGAUGCACUCAUUGAGGCUCGUAGGAAUACCUUGCAACUCUGUUUCAUUUGAGAUGUUCUGCAUGUGAUAUAUCUGUCAAUAAAAGCUGUGCUGCAGGCUGGUA